UGGCUGCGCCUUGGUGCCGAGCGGAGCGCUCACCUGCGGAUGAGAGAGCCGGGGAAACUCGGGGCAGAGCUGCAGCACAACGCACGGAGCGCAAACAGGGGACGUAACAGAAGAGUCUGAGCGAGGAGAGGAAGGGGGGAAUAAAACCAGCAUCACCGGAGGAGAAGAAUUUACGAACCGACCCCUCUUUUUUCUGGUUCCUCGUCCAGCACGCAGCCCUGACGCGCGUACACCCGCCACCAUGAGAACCUACUUCGCUCUGGUCCUGACAGCGGCGCUUCUCCUGGACACGUUCUGGACGAAUAAUGCAGAGCAAGCUCUCAUAGGUCCCUGCCGUCCUGGCUUCUCUCAAAGCUUCUACUCUGUGCUGAUUUCAAGGGAUGUACUGCAAGGCCAGGACAUACUCAAAGAUGCCACAGUAUCAUCACAAAAAGUGAAGUUUGACGACUGCAUGGGGAAUGAAGCUGUGGUUUUUCAGAGCACUGACCCCAUCUUCAGCGUGCGGACAGAUGGGUCCAUCUAUGCCCGGGGAGCGGGAGCCAGCCUUGAUGAACCGGUCCAGUUUAAACUGACAGCAAGUGGUCCGCAGACACACGUCUGGGAGACUGUGGUCCAACUGGCACUGAUUGACCCACCACCACCACCGCCGUCUCCUCAGCAACAUGAGAAUGAGGUCACAAAGCAAGACGGAAAAGUCGCUGAGAGAAAAGAGAAGAAAGACGAGUUCCAGGCCCCACCUCCUGUCAUCAUGUUCUCGGGGACUGGCCUGAACAGCUCCAAGGGUCUGCGGCGGCAGAAGAGGGACUGGGUGAUCCCACCAAUCAACGUGGCAGAAAAUUCUCGAGGACCGUUCCCUCAGAUGCUCGUCAGCAUUCGCUCUGACCAGGACCAGGACAUCUCAAUCCGAUACAGCAUCACUGGGGUUGGAGCGGAUCAACCGCCCAAUGAGGUGUUCAGUAUCGACCCCGUGCUCGGGAAGAUGUUUGUCACCAAACCUCUUGAUCGAGAACAUCGCUCUUCUUACCACUUGCGUGCCCAUGCUGUGGACAUGAAUGGGAACCAGGUGGAGAACCCCAUCGAUCUGUACAUCUUCGUCAUCGACAUGAACGACAACAGACCUGAGUUUAAAAACCAGGUGUAUAAUGGCUCCGUGGACGAAGGCUCGAAACCAGGAACAUAUGUGAUGCACCUGUCGGCGUUCGAUGCGGACGACAACACCACCGCUAACGGAAUGGUGCGCUAUCGAAUCCUGUCCCAGACGCCGCACAGCCCCAUUCCCAACAUGUUCACCAUCAACAGCGAGACGGGAGAUAUCGUGACGGUGGCGCCGGGUCUCGAUCGAGAGAAAGUGUCUCAGUAUACCAUCAUCGUGCAGGCCACGGACAUGGAGGGCAACCUGAACUUUGGCCUCUCCAACACGGCCACCGCCAUUAUCACUGUCACUGACAUCAACGACAACCCUCCCAUGUUGACCUCCAGAACGUUUUCUGGUGAGGUCCCGGAGAAUCGAGUGGAUGUUGUGGUGGCUAAUCUGACAGUGAUCGAUGCCGACCAACCACAUUCGCCAAACUGGAACGCAAUUUACAGAAUCAUCAGCGGAGACCCGUCUGGGCACUUCACCAUCCGCACUGACCCCAUCACCAAUGAUGGCAUGGUCACUGUGGUUAAGCCAGUAGACUUUGAGAUGAACCGUGCCUUCAUGCUGACAGUGGUGGUGUCCAACCAGGCCCACCUCGCCAAUGGCAUUCAGUCUUCGCUCCAGUCCACUGCUGGGGUCACCAUAUCUGUCCAGGAUGUCAACGAACCCCCUUAUUUCCCCACAAACCCGAAACCCAUCCGCUUUGAGGAGGGUGUCCCUGCGGGCACCAGCCUGACAACUUUCUCAGCCUCAGAUCCCGACCGACUACAGAUGCAGCAGAUAAUCAGGUAUUCAAAGCUGAAUGACCCGGCGGACUGGUUGUCCAUCAACAGAACCAACGGUCAGAUAGUAACCACGGCAAUGCUCGACCGGGAGUCCAUCUACGUCAAAAACAAUGUAUAUGAAGCCACGUUCCUGGCAACAGAUAAUGGCUUGCCUGCAGCCAGUGGCACGGGCACAUUGCAGAUCUAUCUGAUAGAUAUUAAUGACAACCCUCCAGCGCUCAUACCCAGGGAGUCUCAGAUCUGCGAGAGGAUGAACAAGAAUGUCAAAGGUGUCAACAUCACUGCCGCUGAUGCCGACACUGACCCCAACGCCGGACCCUUUGUCUUUGAGCUCCCCAACUUCCCCACAAGCAUCCGACGCAACUGGACAAUUUCCCGGAUCAGUGGCAACUACGCCCGUCUGGGUCUGCGGUACCAGAUAUAUUUGGAGCCUGGGGUGUAUGAGGUCCCUGUAAUUGUGUCGGACUCUGGAAACCCACCAUUGUCCAACAGGUCUGUCAUCAAAGUGAAGGUGUGUCCCUGUGAUGAAAAUGGAGACUGCACCACUCUCGGGGCCGUGGCAGCCGCUGGCCUGGGAACCGGCGCCAUCAUCUCCAUCCUGAUCUGCAUCAUCAUACUGCUCAGCCUGGUGCUAUUGUUUGUGGUGUGGAUCAAGCGCAGAGAGAAGGAGCGGCAGACGAAGCAGCUGCUGAUUGACCCUGAAGAUGAUGUCAGAGACAACAUCCUUAAAUACGAUGAAGAGGGAGGAGGAGAGGAGGACCAGGACUAUGACCUGAGCCAGCUGCAGCAGCCCGACUCCUUGGAGCACAUCAUCAGCAAGCCGCCCGGUGUCCGCAGGGUGGACGAGCGUCCCAUAAUCCCCGAGUCCCAGUAUCCAAUUAGACCUGUCGUGCCCCAUCCUGGAGACAUCGGGGACUUUAUCCAUGAGGGUCUGCGGGCAGCAGACAAUGACCCCACCGCUCCUCCCUACGACUCCCUGCUGGUGUUUGACUAUGAGGGCAGCGGCUCCACCGCCGGCUCCGUCAGCUCACUCAACUCCUCCAGCACGGGGGACCAGGACUAUGACUACCUCAACGACUGGGGCCCACGUUUCAAGAAGCUGGCCGACAUGUACGGCGGAGGGGACGAAGAUUAAAUCGGCCCGGUCACACAGGCACACGCACACAUACACACACGCUCGUCCCGUCAGCUGGCCUGCCAUGCUCUGUCCCUCUAACACAAGGGGCUAUUACACCCUUAUUGAACACACAGUAAAAAUGACUUGUUCACACUGACCAACCAACCAAUCAAAAUUACCCACCACCGAGGACCGGUCCCGUGAGUCAGUUUCUCUUCUCAGCCGCCACCUGCUCUAAGUCUUAGACUGAAACUGAAGCUCAGAAUCGCAGGCUUCUCUUAGUUUGUGUUCUCAAACUCUUGUGCUUUCGUUUCAGUUCAGGUUUGAUGCUGGAUGUCGGUUUUAGUAACUUUUGUCUGGUUUUUGGUUUCCUUUUGGUUUCCGCAGCUUUUUCUGUCCUCACUCCCUUUUGAUUCAAGUCGAUUCCUAAGGGUUUCCACUUUUCCCUCGCUGUCGGCCCCCGUCUGCCUCUCUGCAGAAGCUUUAGGUUGAGCUUCUUGCUUUGUCUGAAAGGAACAAAAGGAAGAAAAAAAAAGAAGAAGAAGAACAACGCAGAUAUGAAAGUCCUUCCUGCACGGAUGGCUCUGGUUUAUUCUUUCUUGAACUUGAAUUACUUAGAACAGAAGCACUGUUGUUUAAAAAGUGCCUUCAGUGGUGCGUAUUUUAGCAGACUCCCGCUAACUCAGGAUUGGUUGCCAUUUCUGGGCUUACAUGCCCCCAUAUGACCCCUGACCCUUUAACUCAGACCUUUCCCUCAUCAUUUCUGUCGUCCAGCAGCGCUGUGGUAUCUCUGGGGGGACGUCAGCGCUGGUUUGACUGGCGUACGUAGACGUACUGUACAUAGGCCAACAGUGUGUGUGUGAGUUAUGGACAAAUCAUUCACUUUUCAAGUCGGGCAUAUCUGUGCUCCUGUAGAUGUGGUUACAGAAAUCAUAGAAAAUACAUAAUGGGACUGUGUUAGAGAAGAAAUGCAUUGCGUGUCUUUGUUCAUCGUGGCUUUCAAUAGCAGCUGUGUUUGUUUUGAGCUCUCGUAUUUGCACAUAAAUCUUGAUGAGGCUUGUUACUAAAUUUCGACAAGUCAAGUGUGUUACCUCUGUGAUGUGACUGUAUGUGAAGUACAUAUGAGGGUUAUUUGAGGAGGGUUUGCCUCUCAGUUCAUUAGGGUUUGCAUGUUUGUGCCGCAACACCCAAAGGUUACGAACACGGCGCCAGUUAUCGUGUGGUUAAUGUUCUAAAAGAAAACUCCAUAAACUGUACAAACACGAGGGGAAGAGAAAAGAGGAGAUGACUUCAAAUAGCUCUGAUAACAUUUCAUAGAGAGUCGUGAGCUUGUCUGAGCCACAUUCUGAGCCCCCUUCUCUCUCUCUCUGUCUCCCUCCCUUCGUUUCUUUCUUCUUUUGUUGAUUCACUGUUGUUUCUCCACAAACUUUUAAUAUACAAACUUUGGUGCUGGUCCCUGUCACAGAAACGAGGGGAACUGAGCCUCAGCCAGGGAUUUAGCGCCUUCGCAAUCUGUCUCUCUUCAGGCAGCGUUUCAUUCAUCUGAAAUUUUCUCCGAAAUUUUUGGCAUGCGAGUUCAAGAGGUUUUGAAAAGAAGUUAGCGGAAGGGAAAGUCUGUUAUGAAGCGCUGCACUUUAUCAAAGCAGACGGGCAAAACUAUAGCUUCGGUAAUUGCGCUUUAAAAGACAGACUUUUGGAAAGACAGUUGUGUUUUGUGACUUAAUGGGAAAAAAAGCAGCACUACCCAUGGGCUUUUGUGAUCAUAUUUCAGACUCCCAGAACUGAGUCUACAUGGAGAACUGAGUGGGGGAGCUUUAGUCUUUGUAUUAAAUUAUUUAAAUAUGCAAAACAUUUCACAGAGGGACCAGGGAGAUUCUGGUGGGUGAUAGAAAGAUUUAAUCAUUCCUUAUCUUCUGAGUACCCAUUGAAAUGCUCCUCGGUGGUUUCAUCUUGAUGUGGAUUGACCAGAUCUUCUAUUAAUUAAGAAUAUGAUGAAUACUUGCUCUAGCUGCAGUGUUCUUCAGAUGACAUGAAGGGAAGGAGUCUCCGCUGCUUUUCACCUGCUCCUCACCUGCUUCAAAAGCUUAAUUUAAACAAUCUUUAGGCGUUUUUCCAUCAUCGCCACACAAACGGCAGAGUGUGCGAGAGGGUGAUGACGGUUUUAAGCGCAGAGAAAAGAAGUGAUGAGAGAUAAGUGGAAAAUGGUACCUGUAAAUGUAAAUAUUUAUCAUGCCAUUAAAAAGAGAGGAGGAGGAGAGUGAGUCGACUAUAAACAAGGGAAGGGAGGUCAAGGUUUGAUUAAUAACGUUAACAGGGUUGGAAUCUCUUGAUGUAGAUUCGUAGAUAAAUGGGUUUAAAUUGCACCUCGUCAGUGAAGAAAUGGACAGUGGUGGUUUUUCCGAGCUGAGAGCAGGAGACUCACUGCUUGAUAAGCUCUACUCUAUCAGCAAACACAAAAUAAACACAGCUGUUACUUUCUACUCUUUGUGAUUUUUUCUGACGUAUAAAUGUUGUAUAUACAGAACCUUUUUUUUUUUUUCUUAUACAUUUGGUGGACCGAUUUGUCUGUGUCCUUGUGGUCGUUCCAUUUUCUUUCACUCACUUGCUUUUUAUUUCCAAUGAAAACCGGGGCGAGGAAUAUGUCACCACAAAAAGCCAUGUGCAUUUAAAGAGAAUCGGUGCGAUUCUCAAACGAGCUUACAGCCAUACCCCCGCGUCGCUGUUCAAGUUCCUCGUGGUGAAACAGUUCCGUCUCAAACCGACGUGUACAGUCUCUACUCGCACACACUCACUCCUCUAGGCCUUAUUGUAUAUAUGUGAGUGUUCUAUAUUAUAUAAGCCCUUUCAGCAUUGUUCUAAUUCAGCCGCAGAGCUCCCACUUUACUGAAGGCCAUGCAGCAUUCACAGGAUAAAGACGUGCUUCACCCUAAAGCUCCCUUAUCAGACCGGAUUCAGGGCCAAACACAUCAGGAGGCCCAACCCCUAAACACACACACACACACUUUACACACACACACACACUUUACACAAGGUAACUGACCUUUAUCACUGUGUCAUCAUACAUGACACAAACGCCAUUACGACUGAAUGUUAUCGCAGACUCGCAGUGACACGUGGCAGCAAAUCAUCGGUGGAGUCGGUCAAACUUGCCCCCCAUUUAAAUGCAAUUUGUGAAACGGAGGAAGAUUGAUCUUCACUCGUUACAUUCUUGCUCCACUUGUCUUACUGACGUUCCCUCGCUAAACUGAGGGGGAGAAUUGGCGAACGAAGGAAGAGCUAUUGCACCGCUGUAGUCCGUCCAUGUUUUCUGCAGCAGCUCCUCUAACUGGUGAUAAUUAAAGGACAGGUGGUCUCACCCUGGACACACUGCCUGACCAUGGACACGCACAUGACGGGAGGCUCCAGCGAACGCCAGACUUUUGUCCUGCCCUUGGAAAGAAUCACAAAGAGCAGGCGGCAGUGUUUCGUACGAGUUCUCCCGAUACUCCUCAAGUGGAAGUGUACAUAAUGUAGUAUUUGCUUGAAGCUAAACAGACUGAGUUAGGCAAACUGUAACUGUACAAUUGGAGCUUUUUGCAUGUGUCUUUUUUAUAAUGGACAGAUGAGUUCUAUUACAGUAAUCAUACAACAUUUUAAAAUGUGUUGCAGCCCGCAUGACCGAGGCUGCCGUUCGGAAAAGGGGAUUCUGGUCGACCAUACUCGCAUAGUUUAAAAUGGAGGAGAAAAAAAAAAAGCUGAAAAAAGAAUUGCACAGUUAUUGAGUCAAAAGACUUCUUUUGUAAAUUGUCAACAGCACAAAUAUUUUGUAUUGUUGUUUGUACCAUUUUGUAAGAAAACAAUGAAAAAAAAUACGAAAAAAAAAUGCAGAAAGAGUCUGUUGUUUCAAGCGUGUGUUUCUAGUGCCACUGCAAUCUUGGUUUCCAAAUACCGUACAGUACAUGCGCAGCCUUGCAGAUGAACCUUGUAAAAUAGAUGCUGAGCUGGAGGCUCCCUGUCAGCACCAUGUGUUAUAAAUAAAAG